UUCUUUUUUUUUUUAAAUAAUGUCCUUAAGAGCUCUAAAUUUAAAAGAAUUUCCAUCGUUUCAUCCCUUUAAGGCUGUGGGCAGAAAAGUAGGAGUUGAAAUAGCUGGAUUUCAGUCCAAGUUUUUUCUCUGGAGUUGAGUGAUUUCUCUCUCCAGCUCCUUAUACCCUCUCUCCUCCACCCCUUUUUUUCACACAUCAGAUCGAAUUCAAGUGCCUCUCAAUUUAAAGCUUUUGGGGGCUUGUAGAGAACACUGGGCUAGAACUGCCUCUGACCCAGGAGCCAGCACGGCACGGACUGCCAGGGCAAGGCGAUGCUGUGAGUCCACACCAGGCUUUGCCUCGGAUCACUGGGGCAGGAGGAUCGACAAGAAAAUGCUGGCCAGCCUGAAGAUCAAGAAACAGGAGCUGCUGAACAGCACGGAUGUGCCCGUCCCGGAGCGGCCCCUGUCACCCCCGCUGACAGCCCCACCGACCAUGAAGUCAGCAGAAUUCUUCGAAAUGCUGGAAAAAAUGCAGGCACCAAAACUGGAAGAACAGAAGUCUGGAAGCCAAAAACACAAGGAAGACUACAUCCCAUACCCCAGCAUCGAUGAGGUCCUGGAGAAGGGUAGCCCAUACCCGCUGAUCAUCCUGCCCCAGUUUGGGGGAUACUGGAUAGAAGACCCAGAAAACCUUGGCACGCCCACCUCAUCUGACAGCAGCAUCUGCGAGGAGGAGGAGGAAAACCUCAGCCCCAGCACCUACGGCUACAAACUGGAGUGCAAGGGAGAGGCCAGAGCCUACCGCAAGCAUUUCCUGGGGAAGGAUCAUUUAAAUUUCUACUGUACAGCCAGCAGCCUUGGAAAUCUGAUCCUUUCUGUUAAAUGCGAGGAGACAGAUGGCACAGAAUAUUUAAGGGUUAUACUCAGGUCCAAAGUCAAGACAUUGCAUGAGAGGAUUCCAUUGGCAGGAUUCAGCAAACUCCCGAGUAUCCCCCAGAUUGCAAAGGCCUUCUGUGACGACGCCUCUGGGCUGAAGUUUAACCCGGUUCUGUAUCCCAAGGCAUCCCAGAUGAUAGUGUCUUAUGAUGAGCAUGAGGUCAACAACACAUUCAAGUUUGGUGUGAUCUACCAGAAGUUCAGGCAGACCCAAGAGGAGGAGCUGUUUGGCAAUAAUGAAGAGAGCACUGCCUUCAAGAACUUCUUAAGUUUUCUGGGAGACACCAUAACUCUUCAGGAUUUCAAAGGUUUUCGAGGAGGCCUGGAUGUCAGCCAUGGGCAGACGGGAGUGGAGUCUGUGUACACGGUGUUCAGGGACAGGGAGAUAAUGUUUCAUGUCUCUACAAAGCUGCCUUUUACCGAAGGAGACACACAACAACUCCAGAGGAAGAGGCACAUUGGCAAUGACAUUGUGGCAAUUAUCUUCCAAGAGAAGAACACGCCAUUCGUCCCAGACAUGAUUGCCUCCAACUUCCUGCACGCCUACAUUGUGGUGCAGGUGGAGAACCCCGAGGCGGAAAACACGGCGUACAAGGUGUCAGUCACAGCCCGGGAAGAUGUUCCCUCCUUUGGCCCACCCCUGCCAAGCCCUCCGGUGUUCCAGAAGAGCCCUGAGUUCCGGGAGUUCCUGCUGACCAAGCUCAUCAACGCUGAGAACGCCUGCUGCAAGUCCGACAAGUUUGCGAAGCUGGAGGACCGGACUCGGGCCGCCUUGCUGGACAACCUUCACGACGAGCUCCACGGGCACACGCAGACCAUGCUGGGGCUGGGGCCUGAGGAGGACAAGCUGGAGAAUGGGGGCCAUGGAGGCUUUCUGGAGUCUUUCAAGAGAGCCAUCCGGGUGCGCAGCCACUCCAUGGAGACGAUGGUGGGCAGCCAGAAGAAGCACCAUGGCAGUGGCAUCCCAGGCAGCCUCAGCGGGGGCAUUGCACACAACAGCGGCGAGGUGACCAAGACCACCUUCUCGCCCCCUGUCCCAGCUGUUGCUGCCAAGAACCAGUCCAGGAGCCCCAUCAAGCGCCGGUCAGGGCUGUUCCCUCGCCUGCACACGACAUCGGAGAGCCAGGCAGAGAGCAGGACAAGGUGUGACAGUGUUUCUGGAGCCCAGAAGACACCAGAUCUGGGACAUUCUUCCCAAGAGAUGAAAUCUGAAACCUCAUCCAACCCCAGCUCCCCUGAAAUAUGCCCCAACAAAGACAGGCCUUUUAUCAAGCUGAAAGAGAACGGGCGGUCGAACAUCUCCCGUUCCUCCUCCAGCACCAGCAGCUUCAGCAGCACGGCGGGGGAGAGCGAGACCCUGGAGGACUACGACAGUGUGGGAAGCCAGCCCUCCACCGCGUCACCCUUCAAGCAGGACGUGUUUGUCUACAGCGCUUCGCCCGGCAGCGAGAGCCCCGGCGUGGGGGCCACGGCCACCCCUGUCAUCAUGAGCAGGAGCCCCACAGCAGAUCUGAAGAACAGAAAUUCUCCGAGGUCCAACCUGAAGUUUCGCUUUGACAAGCUCAGCCAUGGCAGCUCCAGCAUGAGCCACUAGCAGGAGGAAGUCAUGACCUUGUCACAGGGUGUUUCAACAAAGGGAAAAAUCUUCAACACCCCAUGGGGCCACGCACGCCCUGGCCAUGGGCAGCGAGGUGCCCUCGCCCGCUACACCAGAAAAGAGCUCUCACCUUGCUGCAGUUCUGUCCUGACAGGGACCAGCCACCUUCUCACCCUGUCCCCCUGUCCAGCACCGCCCUGCGCCCCCGCUCUGCGUGCAGGAGGGGCCGUGUCCCUGCCUGUGCUGCACACUCGUGUUCAGGGCCAGGUCCCCUCCUGGUGCUCUGCUGGUGUCACGAUCCGCUCCUUCACAGCUGGGUUACCCACGUGUGCUGCAGCUGCUGGGCACCAUCCAUUCCCCCCGUCCCUGGGUUGCCUGGCAGCUCCUUUUGGCCAGAGGGGCAGCAGGAGAGACCUCCAUGUAGUUUAGGUCCCUCCAUGCUUUAUUUGCAGUUAUCAGUGGGGAAACAGGGGUUUAUAUUUGUUUUUUGAAGGGUGGGGGUCAGGCCAAAGUUAGGUGUUAGUGGCUCUGGGGCAGUCCACCCUCCACCAUCAUUUGCUGUUGCUCUUCUCUGGGGACAAUGGGGCAAAACCUCCCUGGGGGGGGUCCUGGCCAGCUCUCCCUGGAGUGGGAUCUGCAGUGUCUCUCCAGCCAUCCCCAAGCUCCUACCUACACCCCAAAACUCUUGGGGCAGAGGCAGCCCUCGCUCCAAAUGUACUCAGUUUCUUGCACAAGAGGCAGGUAAGUGACUUGGCCCAGGGAAGGGAGCUGGAGACAGCAGCCAGCUCAUCCUCUUUGGCAGGUUCAUUCUCCCUGCUUUGUCCCUGCCUGAGCACAGGCCUGGGAAAGGUGACCCAAAGCUAAAGCUGUGCUGUAUUACAGCUUUAGCUUUUCUAAGUACUAGAACAGGAACCAGAGGGGAUUUACCUGGUGGGCUCUGCUUUGCCCUAUGGCUUGGAUCACCAGGCAAGCAAAUGCAUAAAACUCUGGUGAUUUGUGAGGCAUUAGGCUGCUCCAGCCCUUACAGGGUUUGCUCUGCUGCUUUUGAGCAAGCUCUUGUUAUUCUGAAAGGAUUAUAGAUUCUGCAAGGUAACUCUCCCAUAAUGCCCUUUCCCAGAAAAUACCUCUCUCAACAUGCCAAGAAAUCCUUUUGCUCUUUCAUGUGAAGUUUUCUGAAGCCUGUCUGUAAAUUUCACAUUGCUCAUAGAUUUCCCUUACCCAUUUUGUGGAAGACAGGCCGUGAUGCUGCAGAGAUAUUCCCCCCUGUCCCCCAGCCUGUGACCUUUGGACACCCUCAUGGAAUCAGGUUCUCAGUCUCAAGUGAACACAGUUCUUCAAAUAUGUGAUUCCUACUGAAAAGAGGACUUUGAGUGCCAAAGUCACCUUCCCCUAGUGGGUGCUCCAAGAGGCACAAAGUACCUGACAGCCUGUUCCAGGAGCGGGGCAGAACUGUGCUCCUGGAGCAGCCCUGGGCAGCCGCUGGGGCUGGGGCUGCUCCUGCUCCCCUCUCUCUGGGGCAAGAGCUUAUAGAAUUCAACCACCACCUGCCCUCCUCCCUGUCAUCUCCCUGGGCCGGAGACGAGCCAUGGCAAGCAGACCGCGCUCUGCUCACCCUCGUCCUGCAGGGAGGUGCUCUCCCAGAGCCUUACGAUCCGGUUCUCACGGGUGCUGGAAUUAAUCCAUGCGGGAAGGCUGUAGCUAUGAUGCAAGGGGACCCAGGUUAAAGAAGGAGAACAGUUGUGAAAAGGCAGGGAACAGUUUCACCGGCCCUAAUUGCUGUGUAGGACUAGUAAAUAUCAAUAACUCCCAUGGGGAUGCUCCCUCCUGCUCCCAGCCAGUUGCAUUUCAAUAGAGUUUAAGCCUUGAGUUUCCUUUGGAAGAGGAGCAUGCAGUAUGCUCAGCCCAGCCUGUAGCUGUAGGUGUCUCAGGAUCACACACUUUGCUGUUCAGCACUUGUCUGAUGAUGCUUCAGUAGCACUUUCAAACCCACCCCCAAUUCUCCUCUUAGAAGCUUUGGUCUGAUUUCCUGAGGCUGCACGGUGAAACACUGACAAUGACUUUUUCCCAGAGUCUGCUCUGGGUUUGCUUUUUCCUCUGAGAAGUCACUCGGUUCUGUAGAUGUCGUCAUUCCUGUGGGUGUUGAUCUCCGUGAGAUCUUUCAGCAGAUGAUGCAGUGGCUACUGUCAGCUGGUUUGCCAUUUUGGUUGUUUUGUUGCCUUUUUUUUUUUUUUUUUUUUUCUCUUGAAACUGUGUCUCCUUUGUGACCUAGAUUGAUUUGGGAAUUAUUCAAAUGGGACUAAGAGAGCAGGGUGAAGCCUCAGGGAGAGUUGCCGUGCUCUGGACUUGUCUCUCCUGCCAGCCCGCGGUGGGGCCGGGGUCUGGCACAAGGUCUGCCAGGGGCUCGGGUGGGACAUUUCCAGCAGCACUCCUCGCCAAAGCCGAAACCCGCUGUACACCCGGACCAGCCCAGCUGCUGGAUUGUCCCGGGGCGCUUCUGGGGCUGAGCAGUGCUUGUGGUACACCCCGGGGACUCCUGCACUUCCAGCAGUGCGUGGAGGUGUUCCUGUAUAUAUUUUGCAAAAUGUUUUGUGCUUAUAAGUGACACUUACACAUCUAUACAUAUAUAAAAGGGAUAUAUAUAUAUGUAUAAAAUAUAUAUAUAUAUAGAGAGAGAGAGAGAGAGGAAAGGAUCCUUAACUGACACUAGAAUUCCUGGGCAGUGCAUUUUCCUUUCUGAUUCCACUGUUUCCAUGCACACAACUUCUGCCCUCCUCAGAAGUGACAUUGCAGAGGGAGCAGAGUGGGCUCAGAAACGCCUUAGGGGGGUGAUGGGGAAGCCCCCGCUGUGUGGAGGGGUCUCUGUGGCUGGGUGUGCUCCCCUCUGCUGGGGUUUGGGUCCCUGGCUGCUCGUGUGCAGCCCCUCGGCUCAGCUCAGGUGCCGCUGCACAUCUGGUGCCGCCGCACAUCUGGUGCCACCGCACAUCUGGUGCUGCUGGCUCCGGGAGAGGGCCGGGACCCUUUCCCCUCCAUGGGGGGCUGCUGUGCAGCUGCCCCGGGCUGGCAGAGCGGCUGCUCUGGCUCGGCUUCCCUUCAGGAAAGCACUUGGCACGUACCUGCAUCUUCUUGAAACCCCACAGAGCCAAAGCACAACGCAGAAGUGCUUUUUUCUGAGGGAAGCAGGGGAUCCUAAGCACAAACUCGGUUCCUUUCCAGAGUUUCGAGGGUCUUCAAGAAGAGCAGGUAAGGGGCCUAGAGAUGUUCGUGCCACACGGGGCUGUGCCGGGGCUGGGAUCUUGUGCCGGUGCUCGGUGCCGGUGCCGCCCCAAAGCCCGGGCAGAGCCCGGCACCUCUGCAGGUCCCACCUGCACUCUCGCUGCUCCGCUGCUGCUCCAGCCUCUGCCCCCAGCCCCAGCAUGCUUUCAUCACCGUCAGUGAAUGUAGCACUGCGUACGUCCUGCAAAGGGAAACGCUGGAUUUAUAGCAGAGAAUGUGAGGAGAGUUUAUAGAGUCAAAAUAAAUCUUGAAGAAAUGUAUCUGACAAAGUUUAUUUUUGAUGUAGAGAGGCAGUGCUUUGUAGUUUCUGGUGACCUAUGUCUGUUGUAAAUAAUGUAUAUUUAAUUUAUUGCUAUGGUAGCAGAUUGUUAUGUAUAAAACUAAAGGUUCACAAAUGUAUAUUUUGUUGCUUAAAUGUGUCUUUGCAAAAUUCACAAUAAAUAACAUAUUUUGUGUCCA